AUGGUGGGUGCGGGGCGCAAGGGAGAUGGCGAGUGGCUCUGUGGGGCAGACGACCGUGGGCACUGGGUGAGGGAGGAACACAGUGGGCGCUGGGCUGGAAAAUUGCUUCCCACUGGUGAUACAGCUGCAUGUUGCCUCACUGAGGUAUUACCCAGGCCCAUUACUCCAACUACUGUGCGAAAGUUUCGAAAUACAACAAAUCCAGCUCCUGGUGUUAAAAAAAUAUUCUACGGCAGAGCAGAUGAUCCUGACAUUGCAACUCAAUUAACACAUGGCAUAGCAUCACGUUCUUCACCUAGUGCAGCUUCAUUGAUAAAUCCACUUCCUAAAACCAAUUUUCAACAAAGAAUUCAAGACAAAAAAGAAGCAAUUUACUUUAGUAACCGUCAAGCAUGCUUGGGCAGAUCACAUGAUCGAUCUUCUAUGUUACCUGAAGGCUUUGAUAUAAUUAAUACUGUAUUUGGAACAAAAGUCAUCCAAGAUGUAUCAGCUGGAGAGCUUAUAAAUCCACCAAAAACGUUUGAGGAAGUGGAUAAAGAAGCCAGGGAAGGACAUGAUCUGUACGUUGUGUCACACAAUGAUUAUUAUGUGGGGGAAGCAAUAAAUAGGAAGUAUGACUCACCAAACUUCAGCAAGUCUUUUACUUUUGGAAGAGAAACCCCUCACUUUAAAGAUGGGCGAUACGUAUCCAAAUCCUUAAACUGGCUCACUGAUCUGCAUUCGAAGAAAGCAGCAAAAAUUGUAUCAAAACAAAGCAAUGAUUUCAAUGAAGAAUUUCAGCCUCAGCUUGGAGAAGUCCUUGAUCCUAUAGCAGAAACUAUGAAUGUUCCCCCAGGCCAUACAUUUGGAACAGUACUCCGUCCAGAUAAGUGUGGAGUUCGUGAUCUUCUUCACUGCUGGGUUCCACAUGAGUUCCUCCAUGGUAAAGACAGAGAGAAAGUUGUCCUGACUGCAGUGCGGCAGAGUUUGAAGAAAGCUAACUAUGAGAAUUUUGACCUGUUACUGGAAGCAUUCAGGCACUAUGAUAAGAACGGUGAUGGAAUGAUAGACAAGGAUGACCUACGAAAGUCAUGUUUCCAGCUUAAUAUUGGUCUAGAUGAUGAGCUGCUGGAUUCCUUAUUUGACUGUUGUGAUUUGGAUAAAGAUGGUCUGGUUAAUUACCUGGAGUUUGCAAACUUUCUGAACUGGAAAGACAAAACAGCUGUUAAAGAAUUUGAAGACAAAAUAAUUGCAAGAGGGAAAAAAACAGAUGCUCCUAUUCUGCCUGGAGGCACGAACAUGAAUCAUGAGCCACUGCAGAAGCAGGAAGAUCUUGUGUUAAAGGAACUGGGAAGUGCAGAAAAAACACCAAAUAUGCUUAGAAGAUCAACAGAUAAUGUAUUUGGAAAUUAUCAAACAACUUCUUCUCAGUAUAAUGCUAUAGUAGGUGGUCUUCCAACAGCCUGUUAUCCAGUGUGUGGUGUUCCAUCUGUCCGCUUGGACAUUCCUACUCCUCAAGCCCGCCGCAUCAGCGACAGAACUAACUACGGUGAUGAGUCCAGUGCUUAUGCAUUGUUAUUCCCUUCUGUCUUCAGUCAAAAGGGAGUGUAUGAAAGAGACUUUUUAGAAACAAGACCAAAGGCAGAGAUUGCACAAAUUCUCCACAACAUUGGCAUGAACAUUUCAGAUGAAAAGUUUGAAGAGAUAUGGAAGCAAGCUGCUAUGAAACAUCAGAAAGAAGAGGUUUGUGUAGAAAGCAUCAGGAAUGUACUGGAUGAGAUAUAUGGAUCACAUAAUUCUGAUGCUGAAUACAAUAAACAUUUUCAAUGA